GCAUGCGCUGAGUGGGACUGGUUGGAUUAAAAACCAUGGCGUGGGUACCGGCGGAGUUUGCAGUAGAAGAGUUGAUGCCCAGGCUGUUGCCAGUGGAGCCCUGCGACUUGACAGAAAGUUUUGAUCCCUCCGUACCCCCGAGGACGCCUCAGGAAUACCUGAGGCGGGUCCAGAUCGAAGCAGCUCGAUGUCCAGAUGUUGUGGUAGCUCAGAUUGAUCCAAAGAAGUUGAAAAGGAAGCAAAGUGUGAAUGUUUCUCUUUCAGGAUGCCAGCCUGCUCCAGAAGGAUAUUCUCCCACACUUCAGUGGCAGCAACAACAAGUGGCACAGUUUUCAUCUGUUCGACAAAGUGUGAUCAGACACAGGAGUCACUGGAAAUCACAACAGUUAGACAGUAAUGUGACCAUGCCAAAAUCUGAAGAUGAAGAAGGCUGGAAAAAAUUUUGUCUGGGUGAAAGGUUAUGUGCUGAAGGGGCUGUUGGACCAGCUACCAGUGAAGGUCCUGGAAUCGAUUAUGUGCAAAUUGGUUUUCCUCCCUUGCUUAGUAUUGUUAGCAGAAUGAAUCAGGCAACAGUAACUAGCGUAUUGGAAUAUCUGAGUAAUUGGUUUGGAGAAAGAGACUUCACUCCAGAACUGGGAAGGUGGCUUUAUGCAUUAUUGGCUUGUCUUGAAAAACCUUUAUUACCUGAGGCUCAUUCACUGAUUCGGCAGCUUGCAAGAAGGUGCUCUGAAGUAAGGCUCUUAGUGGACAGUAAAGAUGAUGAGCGGGUUCCUGCUUUGAAUUUAUUAAUCUGUCUGGUUAGCAGAGAUCCUGAAGAGAUUGAAAAGGAAGAGCAGGCAGCUGCUGAAAAGGCUGUGACCAAGGAAGACUUUCAGGGUGAAUGGACUGCUGCAGCUCCCGAGUUCACUGCAUUUCAUCCUGAAGUCACAGACUGGUCACAGUCCGUUCCCUACUAAAUGAAAACUGGAAUGCUCAGCCUGCCACUGAAGACUAGCCUGCAGCUCCCACUGCUUAGGCCACUGAAUGCAUAGAAACAGCCACGGAGCAGUCUUAAGCUGCUCUUCCACCAAGGCAAACAAAGUAGAAAUAAGGUUGAUGGAAAAUAAGUAGGUGCU